GCCAUGGACAAACAAACUGACCAAGAGCCUGACGAGCGUCAGAACCAAACAUCAGCCGGUCGAAAUUCUCUUGAUAGCAGUGUUCAUGGAGGCUCCACUUCCUUGACCACAGUAUCCAGCUGUACAGUUUCCAUGCCAACGCCAUCCUCCCGCCCAACAAUCCCCGCGGAGGCAAUCCCCAAAGCAAGUCGCGCCGAAAAGGUUGAGAUCACCCAAUUCAGUCUCAUGGCGUCACCCGGCAAAACGCUCGACAACCCACACCGUAUCAUUCUCUUCGACGUUGACAUUCUCAGCAUAACACUGAAAGAAGAUGUUCCCCACACAACCUGGAAAUAUAGCCGUAACAUGACACCUCGGGCUGUCAAAUCAUUCCUGACCUGGAUCCGCCCUGUACUGUCUCAAAUAUCUCCAGAUACCUUCAUCCUCCCCACGGAGUACACAGAGAAUGGAUUCUCAACAAAAGAAUUCAACAGUGGAAGACUUCGACAGUGUAUCCGGCGUUGCGGCGUCGAGCCCAGUCAUGUCGAAGAGGAAAGCGGGUCGGUUCGCGAGCUCCACAUCCCCUUCUAUAAGAACGGAAUCUGGUUUCUCAUCGUCGUGGAUAUGGAGGAAAGGGUUGUGGAGCUAACUCUUUUCACUCCGAUUCACUCGAAAAAAACGAGAAAGAAGGUGGUUGCAGACGUGAAGCAUUGGUUUAAGUACUCAUGGAAGCGCUUGCUCAAUACCAAGCCUAAGAUUAAGAAGCUUUGGAAGUUUGAGGAAAGGGAUGCGGAGUUCUUCGGACGACACGAGGACGAAUCGGGUGUGCUGAUGUGCCUCGAAUUGUAUCGGGCAACCAGGGGGGACGUCGUUCAGAUGAAUGCUGGAGACAUGGACGAAUGGAGGAGCUUCGUGGCGAGCAAGACCCUCUGGGGUGCCGAUGAACUCAUGAAGGCAAAGGACUGAAAGGGUCAGUACAUUGAAGAGGGGUAAUCGUUAUUAGGUUGUACGAUUGCUAAUCAUGAUUCUUCCAGGGACGAGAUGAGGGGUGAACGGAGCGGGCAUGGGCCGCAUGGCUAAGAACGGUGAAUCGUGAUCCGAUCCAAAAGGAGGGAGUGGGCCUGCCGGAACUUUCUGUGUCGGUCAUUGCUUUCAUGUAAUUUGAGUUAUAGGGCCAGUGAGGAGGAUAAACAUAUGAACAGCUAAUGGCUGGGUUGGCAUAAUACAGACCUUUUGAAGGCUGUUUGGUCUUGGCACCUGCACGCAGGAUCCAUCCAGGUCCCAUCCUGUCUGACUUAUUGGGUCCUCCUGUCUCACAUUCUUUUCUUCCGGAUUUCCCAAAAUAGCAUGUAAGUGCGGCGUAACAGGCAACGGGAUCCUUCUUCGGGGCAUUCUCUCACACAUUCC